GUCGCGAGCCCCUCUACCCCGCUUGGCCACCCGCUCGAGCUGCUCUCGGCGCAAGCCUUCCACGGCGGCUCCUUCCGCGUCGGCGUCAAGCCCGCCGCCCUCGGCCGCCUCUUUGCCAUCACGGGCUUUCUCUUCCCGUCUGACCCGCGCCCAACCUCGGCUGGCCAGCUGCAGCGGGGGAGCAGCGCCGAGUCGGUGGCGUGA